AUGGAGCAGCUCGCAUCUCUCCGGAAUUGCUUGGAGCCUCCUGCAGCGACGGGCAAGAGGGAUAGCCACAGGCACCACAGGCCUGCCCAAAUCUGCACUGAUGGCCAUGCAAUGGAUGCAGUCAAAGAAGUUGCACAGUCUUCUCUCUCCAGCCAGAGCACCGCAACUACAGCGGUUGGGUGGAGCGCAGGGCUUCACGAAUACUUUGUGCGGUGUGGUUCGGCUACCACUACUGAAUUCCCUUCGCCAGUUUCAUCAAAGUCUGACGACUCUGACCGAGCUGAAGAGCUUGGCGAGCUGGGUGAGCCCUUUGGAGUGCUGCAAUUUGGAGCUCGUCUUUCACGCAAGGAGAGGGCUCUGGAGUUACAGCAGUCUUUGCUGCAGGCUUUCACAUCACCAGGUUUUCAGAAGAAGUUGCACGUGAUCUCCAGAAGAUACCAAGCCUGCCAAGGAAAUGAUGCCGGCUGCUGGUCUGACUUCAAGAAACUCGUCCGAUCCUAUCAGGCUGAAAUCAUACCACACUAUGGCUUUGAGGCAUCCGGUCGAGGUGUUCAUGACAUGCUGCAAGCCUUCAAAGCCUUUGACAGCGAUCCUGACAUCUAUGUCAACGCUGCUGCAAUCAACGAGGCACUUUUCAGCACCAUUCAGGUGGAUGGAUCUGAUGGCAAAGAUAGUCAUCCAUGUAUAGGGUUUGGUCGCAAGCCUGUGACGAAAGUUGCCAUUAUGGAGAUGCUGCAGAGCCUGAUUAUUGCAUUCAGUGGUCCUUCCUUUCAAGAGGAGAUCAGAAAACUGAAGGCAAGGGCAGACUGCAACGUGAGGUAUGAAGAUCCAAAAGGCUAUUACCAUUUACCCGGGAGGGCAGACCUCGCCCUACCCAAGCAGCGACAAACGCUGAAGAGUUUUGGCUUCAGACCAACCAAGCAAGGUGUGCACGACAUGGUUCGUGCUUGUGUGCCGUACCUCUCAGAUCCGGAAGUGGCUAAGACUUUUGAUGCAGUCAACAUGAAGCUUGGCAUGUCUGCAGUCGCGGCCCGCCGCUUUCGAGACCUUGCAACGCGCUUAUCGUGGCUCGAUCUCCGGAAUUCGAACAGCUCGCGGCUCAGCGUUUUGGAGGCGGAGAAUGCUCGAAGUAAUCCGGGCGACACCAUUUUCAUUGUGAGGGAUGUCUGGCAGAAGCAGCCACAUCAUAACGAGCAGCGAUAUGAUGCAGGCCAAGUGCGAUCACCGUGUCAAGAAGGAGACUCUGAUUCAGCUGUCAUGAUAUGGAUGGCGCGCGUUUGGCGCUUCAUCAGGAACAAAAUCGUGGCUAGUCUGUCACACUUUGCAAGGUUUGACUUUGCAUUGGUGUCUGACUUGGACAAAGCAUCCAGAGACUUGAAGGAGUUCAAAUGGCACGCCUGGUUUCGACGAGGUGCUCUGACUUUCGAGUCUGGGACUGGUUUGUACAGGUUGGACUGGUUCAAUACCUCGCGACUCGAGAGCACUUUGUCCGUGAAAAACCGUAGCAUGGAGCUCAGUGAGUUGGUGCGCUAUGAGGGCCGGCUUUUUGCUUUCUGCGAUAUUACGGGAGUGGUUUUUGAAGUGGAUCCAGCUGGUUCGCAAGCUGUUCAGAGGCUAAUUCUGUCGGACGGCAAUGGCAGAUCUGCCAAGCCUUUCAAAUCAGAAUGGGCGACCGUGAAGGACGGCUUCCUGAUCGUUGGGAGCAUGGGCCGUGAAUGGGUCGGGGAUGAUGGACGCAUCCAGCACUACAAUCCACAAUGGGUUAAGCAAAUAGACCGGAACUGGCAUGUUGAAAGCUUGGACUGGCGAAAGACCUUUGAAGCUAUGCGGGCGACCGUUGGGGUUCGGAGUCCAGGCUACCUCUGGCACGAAGCCAUCAUUUGGGACUCAUUGCUGAAACGCUGGAUAGUUUUACCUCGAAAGGCCAGCUUGGAAGCGUAUAGUCCGGUGGCUGAUGAGACCCGCGGCACAAAUCUACUCCUCUUGGCGACUGAAGAUUUCUCCAUCAUAGACCAGCUACGCAUAGGCCCGCUGGAGCCUGAUUGGGGCUUUGCGGCUGUUCGGAAGGUGCCAGGUACUAACGACACUUUUGCCGCCCUCAAGGUUCUGGAAGUUGGCUCACGCACAGCCACGAAAAUCUGUGUGUUUGAUCUUAAAGGGAACAUGCUACUAGAGCCAGCCUUCCAAGAAGUAGACGAACAGAAAUUUGAAGGCCUGGAGUUCACAGAUGAGCUGCAGAGCGGACCUGCCGUGGCGCCAUUCACGUACUUGCUUGGAUCCACGGAGGACCAACACAAGAUUGUUGUGCAAGUCUGUGGGAGCUUCUGGAUGCACUUCCGUCAGCAUGGUGCCAAGAGGCUGUCCUCAGUUGCUCGUGAUCCUUGCGACGAAUUGCGGGAUGGCCUGCUGGCCUUGUGGGCGGAAGACUUGGGAGACCAUCGGGGGCAAGCUUGGAAGGAGUUGCUAUUGGGUGGCAUUACCCUGCAGCAGCGUGCAGGAACUCCCCAAGAUGACUAUGCGAAACUUUGUGAUCGAACAUCCCCCUUUGACUCUGCCAUCAGGCGUGAUGUGCACAGAACACUUCCGCAAGAAGAGCUCUUCCGAGAGCGGCAGGGCAAGGGGCAAUUGGCUUUGUUCAGGACCUGUACCGGCCAAACUUUCCGAAGCUGGGAGUCGCUCGUGCUGAAGGUCAUCAUUUGGCAAUUCGAUCGCAUUGUGGAGGGAUUCCUUCCCAAGGUUCAUGAGGCACUGACAAUGCACGGAGUCAAUUCAGAAUACUACGCCAUUCAAUGGAUCAUCGUGCAGAUUGGUUUGGCAUUGUUGUGCGAUAUCCAGGAUGAGCUGGAACGAAUAGACACGUGCCUCGACUUGAGAUGCACAGAAUGUCAUAAAAUCCAGGUGCGGCCACAGUGUGCUGGUAGGGCAGCGACGCAAAUGGCGUUUCUCUGA